AUGUCCGAGAAGUCAGGAAAGUCGGACCAUGUUACUGUGCUCACCCCGUCAGAGGGUCACGCCAACGGGAACUACUAUGCCGAGGCGAUGACUCCCGAGUAUCACUCCCCCGCCCCACCGCCUCCGACUCCACUAGCCUUCCAGUUCGGUAACCCUACCCCACUGGGAAUGUUGGCAUACGGCACCGUAUUCCUAUGCUCAUCGUUGUUGACUCUCGAGGCCGGUGGUGUGACGUCGGCCAACCUCGUUCUGCUGUUCGCGACGUUCUACGGAGGCAUCUCACAAACAUUGGUCGGAUGCAUGGAAUUCUACCUGGGGACCGUCUUCUGCACAUAUGGCGGGUUCAAUUUCAGCUACGGCGCUCUUUACCUCCCCGAGAUCGGCAUUGCGGCUGCAUAUCCGGAUGCGACUGAGUUCACCCAUGCAAUCGGCAUCUACAUGGCCAUCUGGUGCAUUGGUGCGCUUCGCACCACAGGUCCUAUCAUCUGGACGCUCGGUAUGACCGUGAUUUCGCUGGGCUGCCUGUCAGCGAACUGCUUCCACCCACAUGCCGCCCUCUCCAAGGCUGGAGGCGCGUUCGGUCUCGCAGCGACGUGUGGCGCAUAUUACGGUGCAAUCUCCGGGUUCUACACGCGAGACUCGACAUUCGAGACGAUCCGCCUGCCGCCCGUCGUUCUUGCCUAUUCUAACCCACAGAGCGCGUGA